UAUUUUUAUACUGUACAUUCACUAAAUUCAUUAUCACCUUGUUAGUUAACCGUAAGUCGUUUGUAUCGUUGAAAAAUAAACGUUCUUGAAAUUAAAUUAGUUUUCAUAAUCCGAAAUAUUAUCGAUCAUAAUACGAGUAAAGUAAAUAGUGAAGAACAUAAUUACAACUAAAUUCGAAAAUGCGUUCAUUUAGCAUAUUUGGUGUUUUUUUUAUACUUUACUGCAAUGAAUGCACCAUGUCGGUAGAGCUGCUGGCUCCUACUUUUAUCUACGACAAUACAUGGUGCCCGGAGAACGAGUUGGAUGCACAAUUGAAUGAAAUUAUCAGAUUUACAAGCAAUUUCAGUUCAUGUGCUAUUGAUACAGGUUUCGUGACGAUAUGGGUGAACUCCGGUCGCAGAAGCAAAGUCACAGAAAUAUCGAAUUCUACCAUUACGCCGAUUAAUGACCAAAAGGCUUUGUAUAGGUUACUCCACCUUUUAGAAAGGUCUCCUCCAUACUACGCAAUUUAUGUGAUGACAUUUGCGACAAAAUCUUGGGAUGAAGGCUUAGUUGAAAAAAUUCUAGAACAAAUACAAAUCAAAAGAUCACAGGUCAAUUUUUUCAUUUGGGGCGAGUAUCCUUCUGAAGUCGACUACCUUAAAGAAUACAGAUUGAUUAGUUCGAUAAGUAACGGGAUUACGCGGACUUCAUUCGAAUUAAAUCCGUUUACAGAUUGUAUGUCUACGCGGCUGAAUUCUAUUCCAAUAAAAGCAAACCUGCUAACAGUUUAUGGUACUGGUAAUGGAACAUAUUGCAUGAAAACAGAUUCACUUUUGAGAACUAAUCUAGAAGAUAUGAUAUACAGUAAUUUUGAUUCAAACGAGUAUGACGCUGACGUAACAAUAUCAAGAAAAUACGAUCGGACUACGAAAAGCAGAAUUCAAGAGGUAUGUGUGGAAGUUCGUAGAAAAUCUCAAAAUCCAAGUCAUGCUUCUUCUUACACGUUACGAGGGUUCAGCGAAAGCGACUUCGACUUUAAUUAUGGAUUUUCAGCGGACAACGUGACAUUAUUGAAUAAGGCAUAUACCAGGCCAGUCAGAGGAAUAUCAAACAAAAUCUACGUAUCACCAUGCUUAGAAAACACGCCAUAUGGAUUUGAUCACUUCAGGAUACUGUUCAUAAAUGGUACUUCUUCUGCAGAAGAAAUACCUCUGGAACUGAUACCAAACACCGAUCUGUUUGUAGGAUCAUUCGAACCACCAGAAAAGGAAUACUUUUACAUACAAGUCACGACCUAUGCGGAUGGUGAAAAAAUCUCACGGAUGUCGUCUAUUGCGAUGAAUGCUGCAGAUGGGUUUGGCGAAGAUAAACAAAAUCCAACGAUUGGACGCAAACCAACAGAGCAUCGCAGGUACUACAUACCACGACCACCAACAGAUCAUCUCAAGGUCAAACCAAUAAUUCAACAAAACCCAGAGUCUUCGGAAUCAGAAUACAGAAUCGACAUAACAAUUGCGCUCUAUUGCGCGAUUGUCAUUUUAUUAUUAACAUUGAUAGUGCUGCUCUUCAUUUUGCCUAAAAGUUUUUGGAGGGAUUGCCUUUCUCCUGGAGGAUCAGGGCGUCGUAGAGAAGCACCCGAACCACUAGGAAUAGAAAAAGCUCGUCGUCGAGCAGUGCCAAACAAUUAUCUCAUUAUGAUGCCUUCUAAAAGAGUUUGACAAUAGACGAAUGUAUCAACAAAGUCAUAGUGUACUUUUUCAAUGCGAAUACUGCGAAUUGCGCACUUAAUUAUUCUUGAAGAAUGAAGAUGAACGUAAAAAUUUUGAAUCGACUGCGAGUUAUUUUUGAACUCAUUUGAUUUGACAAGGUCACGGAUUAUCAAAAUGAAUCACUCAAUAUAGUCCUGGUACUGGUAGAGCUAUCGUCUCCAGACAUUUUUUUUCAAUUUUCAACACAGUUCAAGUCGUAAUGAAGGUGGCGAUAAUUAGCAUUAAAAUUUGUUAAGCAUGAGAAAAUUCUUGGGAAUUGAAAAAUUGCAGAUAAGAAAGCUUAAACGUGACCUAAUAAUCGUGUUUUGACGUUUAACUUAUGGAUGGGAGAAAUUAACAAAAGGUAUUCUUUCUUAUACAGUCUAUAAAAAAACACAAUUUUCAUCGACUUUUCAAUGUCCUAGGUACUGCAUUUUAUGUCACAGUUCACUCAUCGUUUAGCAUCUUCUUUUCACACUACCUAAUAACUAAUUUUUUUCCUUGCCAGUGUUAGACGUCCCCACCCAUACACAAAAUUAAUUUCAUAUUUCACGAUUUAUCUGAUCUGUAAAUUCGCCGAAUUCGUUAUCAGCUUGUUAGUUAACUGUAAGUCGUUUGUAUCGUUGGAAAAUAAACGUUCUUGAAAUGAA